AAGACGCAGUCUUCUCUCUUCAACUUGCUUUCUUCUCGUCUUCUUCUACUGCAGGCCGCAGAUUCUCUCAGAUCUUCUCUCAGAUUAUAAGAUCAAACUACGCUGAAAUGACUUCCCUUCAAAUCUCCCCCAACACAAUUUCUCAACCUCUCAAUCUCCGCCGUCAAUUCAGCUCAAACUUGGACCAAAGGGUCCGACUAAUCAAUGGCCGGAGACCCGUGAUGGCUUGCCUUAGCCUUGACGUGGAAGCACCAGAUACUGCAUUGAAAUCAGGGUUUUCGAAGAGCAAGGAGAUUAUAGAGACAGAGGCGAAGGUUCUGGUAGGGACAUACGCAAGAACUCCAGUGGUGUUGGCCAGUGGCAAGGGUUGUAAAUUGUACGACAUCGAGGGGAGAGAGUAUUUGGAUUUGAGCUCAGGGAUUGCAGUGAAUGCACUUGGACAUGGUGAUGAGGACUGGUUGAAGGCUGUGGUUGAACAGGCCAAUACCCUCACUCAUGUCAGCAAUGUCUACUACUCCAUCCCUCAGGUGGAACUAGCAGAGCGUUUGGUGGGCUCUUGUUUUGCAGACCGUGUGUUCUUCACUAAUUCUGGAACUGAAGCAAACGAAGCAGCCAUUAAAUUUGCGAGGAAGUUUCAGAGACACAAUCAUCCCGAUGCGAAAGAGCCUGCCACAAACUUCAUAUCUUUCACUAACAGCUUCCAUGGCAGGACCAUAGGUGCGCUUGCCUUGACUAGCAAAGAGUAUUACAGGUCUCCGUUUGAGCCCGUCAUGCCUGGAGUCACAUUUGCAGAGUAUGGAAAUAUAGAAGCUACCAGAAAAUUGAUUCAGCCUGGAAAAACUGCUGCGGUUUUUGUUGAACCUAUCCAGGGUGAAGGGGGCAUAUACAGUGCUACCAAGGAGUUUCUGCAAUUUCUUCGUACUGCUUGUGAUGAGGCUGGGGCUCUUCUGGUGUUCGACGAGGUUCAAUGUGGUUUAGGCCGAACUGGGUAUCUGUGGGCGCAUGAGGCAUUUGGUGUGUUCCCAGAUAUAAUGACACUAGCUAAGCCACUAGCUGGAGGCCUACCCAUUGGAGCUGCAUUGGUGACUGAAAGAGUUGCUUCUGCCAUAGCUUUCGGUGACCAUGGAAGUACUUUUGCCGGUGCACCUCUCGUGUGCAAUGCUGCCUUAGCCGUUCUCAAAAAGAUAUCAAAUCCCAAUUUUCUGGACAGUGUCUCUAAGAAAGGUCUCUACUUCAAACAUAUCUUAAAUCAGAAGCUGGGAGGAAACCCUCAUGUGAGAGAAAUACGCGGUUUUGGGCUUAUUAUUGGAGUUGAAUUGGAUGUCCCUGCCUCACCUCUUGUGGAUGCAUGUAGAAGUGCCGGCCUUCUAGUGUUAACUGCUGGAAAAGGCAAUGUUGUGAGGCUAGUGCCUCCAUUGAUCAUAAGUGAGCAGGAGCUUGAUCGUGCAGCUGAGAUUUUGUACCAAGCGUUGCCUGUACUUGACCAAAAAAAAUUCAAUUUAGACGGAAGAAAAUUGCGUCGUUCUGUUGUAGAUGUUGCUUCUUAGCUCUUACUAGUUUGUUUUU